AUGGAUGUGAAAAAUGAAGAGAUCAUCUGUUUGAGUGACAGCAGUGAUCAGGAAGUAUGCAUUUUAAACGAAAUCUUACCGUGGAAAAUCUUAGGUAAACGUAAACUUGGAGCCGAAUCUGUGGAAUAUCGCAUUUGGCCGACUGCCCAACCGCUGCAAGAUUGCGUCUGGGUGUCUGAACAAGCCGUGUCGCGAUUUCCGGCUGCAAUUCGGGCGUUUGAGGAGGAAAUAAUCUCAUUGGCGAAGAGGACGAGAGCUUCUAUUAAGUUCAGGAAACAGUUCUCUAAAGAAGAAGCGAAUGCAUCUAGAUCAGGUCACGUUUCUGUCAAACGCGGGCGAAAGAAUCGUGAUGAUAGCUCCCGAAAAGUAGCUUCCAGAAGAACGUCGCGUAAGCGAGCGUAUAGUCGUCAGAAGAAAUUUCCCGGCAAGAGGAAACAAGGUGGAUAUGUUCCUGAUGAGCCCAUUCCGAGAGGGCAAGUUCUUGAAAUCAUUGCUUGCUUUUAUGGGGAUCAGACUGGUCCAAACGUUAGACCAGAGUACUUCUUAGUAAAGUGGAAUCCCGGGAUGUUUUUCGGCCCAAAUGUUUCUGUUGGAAUAAUUGAGGGAAAUCUUAAAGAUCGCGUGAAGUAUCUCCUGAGACGAAGAAAAAUCACUGGAUCGAAUGAAGCUGCGUGGCUGCUGAAAGCUGUCACCUUGAUUGAUUUGACAUCAUUGAACAGCGAUGACUCGUGGAUCAACAUUGAGAGGCUAUGCGCCAAAGCUUUGAAUCCCAUCCCUUCAGACAUCCUGGAAAGGCUGGGUGCGAUAAUUCCUGAGGUUGACCUCAGAGUUGGAUCCGUUUGCAUGUAUCCUGGAAGAGUAACAGACGCAAAAAAGUGUCUGGAAAGGGCAUCCGCAUAUAAGAGAAUGCCGAUCACUGUUGCGGCGAGUGGCUUUCCAUCAGCUCAGUACAGAUUGGAGAGCAAGCUUCGAGAGGUAAUGGACAGUGUCGCGGAUGGUGCACGUGAGGUAGACAUUGUCGUACCUAAGGACAAAGUUUAUGAUGAAGAUUGGGAAGGAAUCUAUAAUGACGUUCGCGCUUUGAAAGACGCUUGUGGGCCGAACGUGGUUCUGAAGACUAUUCUGGCUGUGGGUGACCUAUCGACGUACGACAAUAUUUACAAGGCGUCAAUGAUUUCCAUGAUGGCGGGUACCGAUUUCGUGAAAACAUCCACCGGGAAAGAAUCUCUGGCAAAUGCAAAUCUCUUGAAUAGUCUUGUGAUUCUGAAUUCGAUUCAGGAUUAUUACCUGCUGACUGGGAUAAAGGUCGGUUUCAAGCCCGCUGGAGGGCUUAAAACCUGGAAAGAUGCUCUGCAAUUCAUGACCCUUGUUCAAGAUGAGCUUGGUCCGGAGUGGAUUUGUCCGGAACUCUUCCGUAUGGGUGCAAGUUCAUUACUGGGGGACAUAGAAAAUAGAUUGCGUGCGCUUGCUUUUACGGGUGCAGUGGGAUUGCCAAAUUUGUUGUAGAAAGUUCGUGUUUCUCCUGAAUACGCAAGAAACCAGGUUAUUUCGAUUCCAUGUUUUUCAAGUGGUAUGGUGCUAAAACAAGGUGCAAGCGU